AUGUCUAACACAAAUUUAACAAAACUCGCCAACAGUGAAGUUCAUAAUCAACUGGUAAACACUCCUACAAGACACGUAUUGUUAACCGAUAAAGCUCUCUACUAUUUUCUCUUAGUCAACUUCUGGGGUCCUGCCCAAGCCGUCUGCAUUCUUGGAAUAAUCACAAAUAUUCUCAACAUUGUUGUCUUUUCUAAACAAGGCGUCCGUGACACUGUCAACAUAAGCCUCUUGGGCCUGGCCACAUCCGACCUAGGUUCCCUGAUUACGCUGCUUUAUGCAAAUGUCUCCUUUAUGCCAGAUUUUAUGGCGUUGGAUCUCCCGUUUGUCGGCGGUGAUGUCAUGUAUAUUUCGACCUGGUGCCAUCUAAUAUUUACCAGAGUCAGCACUUGGAUAACCGCUUACAUCACGUUAGAGAGAUGUCUCUGUGUUACUGCACCCCUGAAAGUCAAGAAUUUGUUUACGCCCAAGAGGACAGUACUGUAUCUUGUUGUUGUCUAUGUGUUCAUGGUUGCAAGCGUCUGUCCAAUCUUUUACGCUGCUCGACCAGCCAACAUUUUUGACCCGUCAAAAAACAGGACCAUGUUUGGGAUAUUCUUUUUGGAGGACCGAAACAAAAUAGAGGCCAUCACAUUCAUGACAAACAACACAAUCCCAACAUUGGCAUUUUGCACAGUGGCAAUUUGCACCGCAAUUCUUGUCUCAACCUUGAGAAAGAAAUCAAAAUGGCGUCGAAAAGCUACCACCUCCACUGCCAAAACUGUCAUGGCUGACAGAGAUGGUAAAGUAGUCAAAAUGGUGGUACUAAUAUCUACCAUUUUCAUUAUUUGUUACUUCCCCGGAGCAGCUGUUUUUGUGGUCAUGUUACUAGAUACCGAUUUACGAAUUGAUGGAUUUCAAAAGAAUGUGAUAACUGCAAUUUUUUCACUUUUAUUUCAUCUGGAAUCCAUUAACGCUGGUGUUAACAUCUUUAUAUAUUUUAGCAUGAGUUCAAAGUUUAGGGUAACGUUCAUGAACAUGAUUUGUUCCAAUUGUAAUAAUGUAUCUAGGUGUAGAAAACAAACUAAAUAA